UCACACAGAGACACAACUACAGAGAAAAGAACGAAAGAGACUACAAAACCGGAGAAAAACCUCAACGAAAGCAGGAGAAAAUUAUUUAAAACCUCGCCAGACCAGGUGUCUGUACUCUACGCGUUAAAGCGGACCUUCGUCACGAGUCAAUCAAGUCCGAAUUUCAAGGAUCUUUAGUUGUUAUACUGGACGCUUCAUCUAUAGGUACUCCAAAGGUUUUUUUAGUGAGUUUGUGGCUUUUGCCUGGUGAUACCGUCUCUCAAUGCUGAUACUUAUGAGGUUGAUUAGCCUAUACUGUGGUACCCCAGAUCAUCAUGUACUUUCACACUUGCUACCCUGUGAGGGUCUUAAACAAGAGGAGGCUGUAAAGAAGCCUUGAAAUCUUCAUCACGCAAUCUUUCUCUUCCUCAGUCCACUUGCCAUCACAGCUUAUUGGCUACUUCAGUUGUCUCAGAAGCAGCAGAGUGCAACCAAUCCAGCCACAAGUUUCUGCAUCUCAGCCAACAUGAAGAAAAGCAUCUCUGUCUUCCUCACAGUUUUGGGAGCCGGAGUCCUCCUCUGGUUGCAAACUGAGGGUGGGCAGAACCCAGACUACAUGCUCCACGGCACUGGGGUCAAGCCUGGAUUGGAUCACAAAAAAGCCCAGUCAGGGGACGGAUCCACCGUGGCUCCAGAGGAUGCAGCUCGCUUCCUUAGCUGCUACUGUUCAGGCCACUGUCCUGAAGAUGCCACAAACAACACCUGCGAGACGAAUGGCCAGUGCUUUGCUAUCAUUGAGGAGGACGAGCACGGCGAAGCUAUCCUCACCUCAGGCUGCAUGAAAUACGAAGGCUCUCACUUUCAGUGCAAGGACUCUCCUAAUGCACAGACCAGGCGUACCAUUGAGUGCUGUUCCUCAGAUUUCUGUAACAGAGACCUUCAGCCCACACUUCCACCUCCUCCAGACAAGCCUCCAAUAUGGAACGCCCACUUGCUGGCCUUCCUCAUCUCAGUGACUGUUUGCUGUUUCACUUUAGUCGCCAUAACAGUAGUGUGUUACUACAGGUAUAAGCUGCAGAUGGGACGGAGACGGUACCAGAGAGACCUGGAGCAGGAUGAUGCCUUCAUCCCAGCUGGAGAGUCUCUUAAAGACCUUAUUAGUCAGUCCAGCACAGGCUCAGGUUCAGGGCUCCCCCUGCUGGUUCAGCGCACCAUCGCUAAACAGAUUCAGAUGGUGCGUCAGAUUGGAAAGGGGCGGUAUGGAGAAGUGUGGCUUGGUCGCUGGAGAGGAGAAAAGGUAGCAGUGAAAGUUUUCUUUACACGCGAAGAGGCAAGUUGGUUCCGAGAGACAGAGAUUUACCAGACUGUUCUCAUGAGACAUGAGAAUAUAUUGGGCUUUAUCGCUGCAGAUAUUAAAGGCACUGGAGCGUUCACUCAGCUUUUCCUUAUCACAGACUACCAUGAGAACAGCUCUCUCUAUGACUAUCUGAAAUACACUACGCUUGAUACACAGGCCCUGUUGCGGCUGGCCUACUCUGCAGCCUGUGGCCUGUGCCACUUGCACACAGAGAUCUACGGCACGCAGGGCAAGCCUGCCAUCGCUCACAGAGACCUGAAGAGCAAGAACAUUCUCAUAAAGAAGAAUGGCACCUGCUGCAUCGCUGAUCUGGGCCUGGCUGUGAAAUACAACAGUGAUACCAAUGAGGUGGACGUCCCUCUUAGCACAAGGAUGGGUACACGGCGUUACAUGGCACCGGAGGUCCUGGAAGAGACACUGAAUAAGAACCAAUUCCAAGCAUACAUAAUGGCUGAUAUUUACAGCUAUGGUCUCAUUGUUUGGGAGAUGGCCCGUCGAUGUGUGACAGGAGGCAUUGUUGAGGAGUAUCAGUUACCAUACUGGGACAUGGUACCUUCAGAACCAUCCUAUGAGGACAUGAGGGAAGUGGUUUGUGUGAAGGGCAUGCGGCCAGUGGUGUCUAAUCGCUGGAACAGUGAUGAGUGCUUACGGGCCAUGCUAAAACUCAUGUCUGAGUGUUGGGCCCACAACCCAGCCUCUCGCCUCACAGCUCUUCGAGUCAAGAAAACGCUCGCCAAAAUGGUUGAAUCACAGGACAUCAAAAUAUGAUCAGUUCUCCAUCCAAUACCAAC